AUGGCCGGGAGGCGAGAGGAGCACAAAAGGGUCAGGCCGGAGCCACCCCGGGGGCAACAGUCUGCCGCACCGAGGCGCAAGGUGGACCGACCUGACCCGCCGGCGUCGAGGUCCCCGCUCCUCGCCUCGGGCACAUCCCGAAUAGAGAUAUUCCUCCAAAUAAGGGAGAAGGGGUUGCUCAAAACCCCCAACCUGAUGAGAAGUCCACGGGAGCUCGUGGACCAAUCCAAGUAUUACCGUUUCCAUCGACAAAAUGGACAUGACACCGAGGAAUGCCGUGAGUUGAAGUGGCAAAUCGAAGAGCUCAUUCGUGAAGGACACCUCGGCCGGUACCUCCAACAAGGUGACCCAGCAUCCGAAGGGAACAAUAUGUCCGGACGAAAGGCAUACACCCGUGCCGCCGCGGCCGAAGCCUCCAGACGCAGACUCGAGCCCAAGGUCACGUUCCCGUCCAAGGGGGCCGAGCGAUCUGAGCACGACGAUGCACUCGUAAUAGCGGCCAGGAUCGCCAACGCCCAAGUGAGGAGGAUCAUGAUUGAUACAGGGAGCUCAGGCGACAUGCUCUAUCUGGAUGCUUUUCAAAAGCUUGGGCUAACUAGAGAUGCCUUGGAGCCGAUGUGCUCGGUACUCACCGGGUUCACCCGCGACUCGAUCUCACUGUUGGGAGCGAUCACCUUGCCCCUAACCCUGGGAGUCCCGCUAAGGUCGAAGACGGUGAUAGUGACCUUCUUGGUGGUUGACCUCCCCACUGCAUACAACGUAAUCCUUGGUCGCCCGACCCUCAACAAGAUCAGGGCCGUCAUCUCCACUUACUACCAAAUAGUGAAGUUUCCGACCCACGCCGGGGUCGGGGAAGUCUGA